GUGGUGUCGACACUCAGAUGUGAAGGAGAGAGAGGAACAGAGCAGCAGACAGACUGAAGGGUUUCACCGAGACAGUUAGACGCAUCUUCACAAUCAUCAUUGUCAUCAGCGAUGUCGGUUCUUCCUCUGCGGGUGAAAGUGCUGCGGCACAUCUGGAGGCUGAAGGGCAUCGUCAUCCUCAUCUGCAGCCCGUUGGUCCUGCUGCCACUCGCUGUCAGCACCACGGAGGCAGCCUGUGCUUACGUCAUCAUGCUCAUGGCAGUGUACUGGUGCACUGAGGUGCUGCCGCUGGCCGUGACUGCGCUUUUGCCCACCAUCCUAUUCCCCAUCCUAGGCAUCAUGGAGUCCAAGGAGGUGUGCAUGCAGUACCUGAAGGACACCAACAUGCUGUUUGUGGGAGGGUUGAUGGUGGCCGUGGCCAUUGAGCACUGGAACCUCCACAAACGCAUCGCUCUGCGAGUGCUGCUCCUUGUUGGGGUCAGGCCUGCGCUGCUGAUGCUGGGAUUCAUGGGCGUGACGGCCUUCCUGUCCAUGUGGAUCAGCAACACGGCCACUACCGCCAUGAUGGUUCCCAUCGUUCAGGCCGUCCUGGACCAGCUCUACACCAAUGUAGACUCAGAGCCUCCGAGCUGCCAAAGAGACACCGCUCGGCAGCAGAACCAAGACCAACCAAUCAGCAGCUGGCGUUCACUAGGUGUCACAGGUGAAACCGAGACACAAACCAAGUCAGAGACAACAAUCGGGCCGCAGGUCAACAUGUCAGAGAGUCCCAUGGUUGUCAAGCCAAUGCCGCAGGACAAACCGCCAUCAGGCAGUGCCAGCACCGGGUCGGGUGAGCGGCCAGAAGUAGUGUCUGUGGAGGAGUUGGAGGAGCUGAGUGAUGAGGACGAGAGGAGGAGGAUGGGUAAAGGCCUCCUGCUGUGCGUGUGCUACGCAGCCAGUAUCGGGGGCAUCGCUACGCUCACAGGAACUGGGCCAAACCUGGUUCUGAUGGGACAAAUGAACCAGCUCUUCCCUCAGAACGGAGAUGUGAUCAACUUUGCGUCCUGGUUUGCGUUCGCCUUCCCCAUCAUGGUGCUGAUGCUGGUGCUCGCCUGGUUCUGGCUGCAGUUCCUCUACAUUGGCUGCAACCUGAGCAGGACGUGGGGCUGUGGAGCGGCGCAGUCGCAUGAGGAGCGAGCGGCGUAUGAAGCGAUCAGGGAGGAGCAUCGCAGCCUGGGCCCAAUGAGCUACGGCGAGGUCAGCGUCUCGGCCGUCUUCACGCUCAUGGUGCUGCUGUGGUUCACACGAGACCCGCGCUUCAUGUCUGGCUGGGCCACACAUGUCUUCAAUGCCAAGGGGGAAUUCGUCACGGAUGCCACCGUCUCUUUGUUCGUUGCUGUUCUGUUGUUUGUUCUUCCCUCUGAGCCGCCGCAUUACCUCUGCUGCUGGAGGAACCGCAACACAGAGUCGCAGGUGUCCCGAGACCCCGCCCCCCCUCUGCUCACCUGGCAGGUGACUCAGAAGAAGAUGCCCUGGAACAUCGUGCUGCUACUGGGAGGAGGCUUCGCCCUGGCCAAGGGCAGCGAGGAGUCCGGUCUGUCCCGCUGGCUCGGUGAACAGAUGACACCGCUUCACUCCAUUCCUCCCUGGGCCAUUGCUAUGGUUCUCUGCCUCCUUGUGGCCACCUUUACUGAGUGUGCCAGCAACGUUGCCACGGCAACACUCUUCCUACCGAUCCUGGCCUCUAUGUCUCAGUCCAUAAGCUUAAACCCUCUGUACGUGAUGAUACCCUGCACCCUCAGUGCCUCCUUCGCCUUCAUGUUGCCUGUGGCCACGCCUCCCAAUGCCAUCGUCUUCUCCUUCGGAUUCCUCAAAGUCUCUGACAUGGCCAGAACAGGCGUGGUGAUGAACGGGAUCGGGAUCGGCUGCAUCACCCUGGCCAUGAACAGCUGGGGUCGUGUCAUGUUUGCUCUGGACACGUUCCCUUCAUGGGCCAACAGCACCGCAUCUGUGUAGGACCUCCUCUGUUUUCUGGACGUUCUGGUACCAGCAUUACCUACUGCUGGCUCCUAUGGGGUGCCGAAUGUAAAAGGAGCACCUUUAACUAGUUUUCUCAAUUUAACUAAAUGACACAACAUGUUUUCUCACAUUUAGUUAAAUGUGCAAAAGUCUAAAUGUUAAAUAUAAAUGUAAAUGUUAAAUGUAAAUGUUAUAUGUAAAUGUUAUAUGUAAAUGUUAAUUGUUAAAUUUUAAAUGUAAAUGUUAAAUGUUAAAUGUUAAAUGUAAAUGUUAAAUGUUAAAUGUUAAAUGUUAAAUGUUUGCAGAGUGUAAACUGAAUAUUCAUGAAUGGGCAAGUAGACUCCAUCCCUACCCUCAAACAGCGCUGGUCUCAGAUCAGAGACGCGAACUCAAUCACCUCAAACAGUGCGCGCAAACCCCGCACACAUCUGAUCUGGAAACUUUUGUUUUUAGCCUGGACGUAACUUCGGCUAGCUAGUAUAGUUAGCCAACUAAUUCUCCACCGGCGCCACAGAAAUAUUCGUUUUAAACCUACUUGACUCCUUAUUAAUGGUGUUUACGACAGAACAGCAGUUUGAAGCGGAGCCUCAGCCCGCACACCUGCCGUUACAGCCCGUUCAAUCUCCCCCAACGGGAGGGAGUCGGAGCUGGCGGCCAUGAUGGCUUCGACUUCAGGCUUCUCUGUAGUAUUUUCGUGCACCGAUCCAGAGUCAGAUAUGGGCGGAGCUAUGCGUACUGUUUGAGGUGUUUAAGUCCGCGUCACUGAUCUAGGAUCAUAGGGGGUGGAGUCUACUUAAAUAUUCGGUUCGAUCAUUUAACAUUUACAUUUAACAUUUAGAUUUACAUUUAACAUUUAGAUUUAACAUUUACAUUAAUAUUUAACAUUUACAUUUAGACUGCACAUUUAACAAAAUGUGAGAAAACGUGUCAUUUAGUUAAACGUGAGAAAACUAGUUAUAGGUGCUCCUUUUACAUUUGGCCCCCCAUAGGCUCUGAGCCACCAGAAAGGUGACGUAGAGUUAGAUGACCAACCACUGGUGCUCACUGCAGGUGAAGAUGCCAUCCGCCACUGAAAUAAUGAAAUAAACAGAAUCAAACAACGACCAGCAACAACAAACAUCUCCAUUUUGCUGUUUCCUGAUGCUAUUGUAGUUUCAACAGAUGUUUUCCUGCAGGUUUCAAUAAAUCAUGGAGAGAAUUGUGCACUUUAAUCUGAAACAUCAGUAUAUUCCCUUCUAAUUUAUUUUUAAUUCCAAUCUAUUCCAAUAAAAAAGGAGCCACUCAACAUCUCUAGGUGGGAUGGUUCAUAAAACAGUUUGUCUUUGUUUUGGUAUCAUUUACUCAUUUAAAGCUUGGUUUUGGCCCAUUACCGUACAGUAGGUUCAGUCAAACAACUUCCUUUCAUAUUAAUGUGGCUGCUGGUAUUUGUACUAUUACAAACAUUAAUUGCACUUGUUCUUCUUUUUAGUUGCUUCUAAAUUACAGUAGAACUCAAACAGCCUGAGAAUUGUGUUACUUUAUGAAUCUAAGGCUGAAUGUAUCUGUUAAUGAUUAAAUGUGAUGUAUGUGAUUAGUAUUUGUAAUUUAUUUUGGGGGGCCUUUUGUUUCGACCACUGAAGGGUUUUACUGUUUAAGGAACACAGCAACUGCAGCCAAUAAGUGAUUAGGAGGCGACGUGCGUUUGUCCUGUCCUUUACAGAAGCUGCUCUGCUGUGGGAGAAGCCUUUCGGCUGAAGCCCCUUUACUUGGCAGUAAAUUGAAAUAAACCUUUGACUUGA